AUGGCAAAGACGAUGCGCACUUGGCAGUACUCUGCCGUCCAUGGCAAACUGGAAGACAGCUUGAUUCUAAGUAACGACGCGCUCAUUCCCAGCAUCUCUUCCUUGCGUCAGGACGAGCUUCUUGUCGAAGUCAUCAGCGCAUCGCUCAACCCUGCCGAUUACAAAGUUCCUGCCGUACCACUCGUCGGCCGCCUGAUGAUCUCCCGCCCUGCAACUCCCGGCAUGGAUCUCUGCGGUCGCGUCGUUGGCAAACAUCCAUCAAACACCUCCUUCGAAGAGGGACAGCUCGUUUUCGGCGGCUAUGCUAUGAUCAAUCAGAGGGGCGCUCUAAGCCAGUACAGCGUGAUUUCCAUGGAAAGCGUCGCACCUUUGCCAGAGGGAGUCGACCCGGAUCACGCAGCGGCAGUAGGCACCGCGGCAACGACCGCAUACCAGUCCCUCAUGCCCAGCACCCUCCAGACCGGCGCGAAGGUCUUCAUCAAUGGCGGAAGUGGCGGCACAGGAACCUGGGGCAUCCAAUUUGCCAAAGCGUUGGGCGUGGAGGUCGUCACGACUUGCUCCACUGCCAACAUCGAACUUUGCAGGCAGCUUGGUGCUGACGAGGUCAUCGACUACAAGAAGACAGACAUCGUGGCGAAUCUGAAAGCCCGAGGUAACGUCUUCGAUCUCGUGAUCGACAACGUCGGGAGCACCACAGACCUGUAUGACCACAGCAACCAGUACCUGAAAACUGGGGGGACAUUUGUCUCGGUCGGUGUUGGCGAGAACUUAUCGCUUGCCGGCAUGUUCUCCACUCUGUCCAAGCAGCUCCGCCCGGCCAUCACUGGACGCAGAGGAUUUUACUUUGUGCAGCAGAAGAAUGAUCGACAAUUCUUUGAGAAAAUUGGAGCGUGGAUGGCGGAGGGAAAGGCGAGGGCAAUCAUUGACUCCACGUUUGCAUUUGACGAUGGUGAGGUUGUGGUGUUUUCGCACAGGGAACCAACAUACAAAGACGCUGUCUGGCACGAAGCCGUGCUGCCAAUUCAGUGGCAGCCAGAUUUGGCACGCGCACCAGGUUCUAAGAGACACGGAAGGCUGCAAAAGCUGCAGCUCGAUUAUCAAAUUGUGAAGAUCACGGAUAACGGCAAAGUUGGUGCUGGUUAUUUCCGUGGUCUGGCGCCUUGCUUUUCGAAAUCAGAGGGCUUCUUUUGGUCGUUUUUCUAUGUUGGAUCAGCCGCUCGAUAA